CCAACUCAGACGCCGACACCAACACCGACGCCGACGCCAGGACCAACAUCCACGCCUGGACAAGCGCCGAUGUCGGCACAGGCCGCCACACUCAGUCUCACCGCCGUGCUCUCUGCCUCCAUCACGGGAGGGCAGAUGCGACAACCGCCUCAUGGCGCCUCUUCCGCAGGACUCGGAACAGGCGCUCCUGGAGGUCCCGGAUGUUCCGGCCAGCGGACGAGCUCCCUGUUCGCAGGACUGAGCGGAACCAUUCCAAAUGGUGGCAGUGGAGGCGGGGGUUGUGGUCUGGCUCUGGGUGCCGGAGCCGGGUCCGGUGUGCAAAUGAUCGGCGGCCAUCGAAGCGACACGGAGACGGAUUUUGCACCGCCGCCGAAGAAGAUCUACACGAAUGACAUUCCCGUUCUAGACACAUUCCCCGGAUACUAUGGAUUCAGCCUCUAUCAUCUUCUCUGCGAGGAAGCCUACGAAGGUCAGGAGACAAAGCCGAGUACUGCCUUCUUUGUAAGUUAUGAUCCAUUUACGACAAGAUAG